GGAACCUGAGCAUUUUUUUUCCAAAGCAAGGAUGACUUUGGUCAGGCUCCGGAGGAGUUUCCGGCAGGUGUCUCCUCAGGUGGUGCUGUUUGUGCUGUUUGCCUUCUGCCUGCUUAGUGUUUUUGUUUCGGCAUAUUAUUUAUAUGGGUGGAAGAGGGGGCUGGAGCCCUCUGGGGACAUCCCAAGCCCGGACUGUGAUGAACCGAAGGUUGCCCCUUCCCGCCUGCUUCCACUGAAGCCCAUCAAAGUGGUAGAUUCCUCUCGGACAGACCCUUUGGUUCUUGUGUUUGUGGAAAGUCUUUAUUCUCAGUUGGGCCAGGAGAUAGUGGCCAUCUUGGAAUCUAGUCGUUUCAAAUACCUGACAGAGAUUGCUCCAGGGAAGGGGGACAUGCCCACUCUGACUGACAAGGACCGAGGACGCUUUGCACUGAUCAUCUACGAGAACAUCCUGAAGUAUGUGAACCUGGAUGCCUGGAACCGUGAGCUCUUGGACAAGUACUGUGUAGAGUAUGGUGUAGGAAUCAUUGGCUUCUUCAAGGCCAAUGAGAACAGCUUGCUAAGUGCUCAGCUGAAAGGCUUCCCCCUUUUUCUCCACUCCAACCUUGCGCUUAAGGACUGCAGCAUCAACUCCAAAUCACCGCUCCUGUACAUCACACGGCCCAGUGAGGUAGAGAAGGGGCUUCUUCCAGGGGAGGACUGGACAGUCUUCCAAUCGAACCAUUCCACCUAUGAACCCAUCCUCCUGGCCAAAACCAAGUCAGCAGAAUCCAUCCCGCACAUGAGCAUUGAUGCUGCGCUCCAUACCACUGUGGUUCAGGAUUUGGGUCUCCAUGACGGCAUCCAGAGAGUCCUCUUUGGCAACAACCUCAACUUUUGGCUGCAUAAACUGGUCUUUGUGGACGCUGUUUCUUUCCUCACUGGCAAGAGGCUUUCCCUCCCCCUUGACCGCUACAUCUUGGUAGACAUUGAUGAUAUCUUUGUUGGCAAGGAAGGCACACGGAUGAAGGUGGAUGAUGUAAAGGCUCUGUUUGACACCCAGAAUGAACUGCGCACCCAUAUCCCAAAUUUCACCUUCAAUCUGGGUUACUCAGGGAAAUUCUUUCACACAGGUACCGACGCGGAAGAUGAGGGAGAUGACCUGCUGCUCUCGUAUGUGAAGGAGUUUUGGUGGUUCCCCCACAUGUGGAGUCAUAUGCAGCCUCACCUCUUCCAUAACCAAUCUGUGCUGGCUGACCAAAUGACCAUGAACAAGAAAUUCGCUAUUGAGCAUGGCAUCCCCACUGAUAUGGGAUAUGCAGUGGCACCCCAUCAUUCAGGGGUGUAUCCAGUCCAUGUGCAGCUGUAUGAGGCCUGGAAACAGGUGUGGGGGAUCAGAGUCACCAGCACUGAAGAGUACCCUCACCUGAAACCAGCCCGCUACCGACGAGGCUUUAUCCACAAUGGAAUCAUGGUUCUCCCACGACAAACAUGUGGCUUGUUCACACAUACCAUAUUCUAUAACGAAUACCCUGGUGGCUCCAAUGAACUGGAUAAGAUCAUCAAUGGAGGCGAGCUAUUUCUGACUGUUCUGCUUAACCCUAUCAGUAUCUUCAUGACUCACCUCUCCAACUAUGGAAACGACCGCCUGGGUUUAUACACCUUCAGACACCUGGUCCGCUUCCUCAACUCCUGGACUAACUUGAAGUUGCAGACACUCCCACCUGUGCAGCUGGCACAGAAGUAUUUCCAGAUAUUUUCAGAGGAGAAAGAUCCUCUGUGGCAGGAUCCCUGUGAGGACAAACGCCACAAGGACAUUUGGUCCAAAGAGAAGACUUGUGACCGGUUCCCCAAGCUGCUAAUCAUCGGUCCUCAGAAGACAGGUACCACAGCCCUCUAUCUGUUCCUGGGGAUGCACCCUGACCUGAGUAGUAAUUACCCAAGCUCGGAGACCUUUGAGGAGAUUCAGUUCUUCAAUGGACAUAAUUACCACAAGGGCAUUGACUGGUAUAUGGAAUUUUUCCCCAUCCCGUCCAACACCACUUCUGACUUCUAUUUUGAGAAGAGUGCCAAUUACUUUGACUCGGAAGUAGCACCCAGGCGGGCAGCUGCAUUACUUUCCAAAGCUAAAAUAAUCACCAUCCUCAUUAACCCAGCAGACCGGGCCUACUCAUGGUACCAGCAUCAGCGAGCACAUGAUGAUCCAAUUGCCCUGAAGUACACCUUUCAUGAGGUGAUCACAGCUGGGCUUGAGGCCUCUCAGAAGCUUCGGACAUUACAGAACCGUUGCCUAGUACCCGGCUGGUAUGCUACCCACAUCGAACGCUGGUUGAAUAAUUUCCAUGCCAACCAGAUUCUUGUUCUGGAUGGCAAGCUGCUACGCACAGAGCCAGCUAAAGUGAUGGAAACAGUCCAGAAAUUUCUUGGAGUGACAAACAUCAUUGAUUACCACAAAACUCUAGCGUUUGAUCCCAAAAAAGGAUUCUGGUGCCAACUGCUGGAAGGAGGGAAAACCAAGUGCUUGGGGAAAAGUAAAGGAAGGAGAUAUCCGGAGAUGGAUUUAGAUUCAAGAGCGUUCCUGAGGGACUAUUACAGGGACCACAACAUAGAGCUAUCCAAGCUACUGUACAAAAUGGGCCAGACGCUGCCGAUGUGGCUGAGGGAGGAACUGCAGAACACUAGAUAGCCACUUCUUAUCUCCUGUAUUGAGCAAUAGUAGAAUGAGUCCAUGGGGACGAUCUCAGAUCUGAACGCCCAGCCAAAGUGAUGUGAUACAGUGUGGGAUACGUAACCAAGGAAGAAGCACUUUGAGCAAUAUCCAUUCAAGAUCUUCUGGGGGAAAAUGGGGGUGGGGGAGAGAGAGAGAGAGAGAGAGGCCCAUUCAGUCUGAAUGCUGUAGCUUGGAAGAAGUCAACCAUCCGAGACCGAUUGGAGUUGAAGACUAGCUACGCACCUUGGCCAAGCCAGCACUAUACAGGCCUCUUCCAUUUUCCCCAGGAGCCAUGCUUGACUGCUAGUGUUGAGGUUGCCUCCUCGUCUGUAAGGCCACUUCUGGGUGAGAGCAGAUCUUUUGUGAAUCCUCUGUUCUCCACACUUCAUUCCCAACGUCUGAAAUAGUAUUACAGCAAGCCAAGUCCUUCUCAUCAGGCGGUGGAAAAGGAGGAAACGAAGGACUCACUGGGGCUUGGUUAGUGAUAGCUCCUGCACUCUGUGAGUUUGGAGAAGGACUGUGAGGGUAGCAUGACCCUGGAGCUGGAUGGGGGCCCUGCUGCAAGCAUGGACCUACUUAUGCAAUUUGGGCUGAUGCCCAGAGUGAACUGGGAUGGUGUCACACAGUAGAGUUCGUAGCUAAAAGAUAUACACAUACACACACAAGGUAACUUUAAUAUGGUGCUGGCAAUAUUUAGAUUAUCCCAGAUGGAUACUCUCCCCCCCCCCCAUCCUCCUAUUUGGGGAUAUAUUGGGAAGGGGUUGGGAGGGAGAGGUAAUGAUUGGGGGGGGACCACAUACUUAUCUGACCAAGUACUCAGCAAGCGAAAUUGCUCGAGAGGGUUAUCUGAACAUGUCUUCAUGUUCCCAUCUGCAGUCACGACACUUCUUAUGUGAGUGGUGGCUCCUGUGGUCAAAGACUGAUGCCGUUCAGUAUCCUAGCUGCUUUUCGCACAUAUGGCCUGCCAGCUCAGAAGAGCUCUCUAGUUGUGACGGCCCUGGACUGGUGGCUGCCAAAACUGAGAACUUAAGAACAUUGAACCACCUGAGCACUAAGAUAAAACAGUGUUUUAGUAACUUUUCUUUUUCAGGCUUUUUGGGAUGCCAGACCUUUGCAUCCCAGAUUAGAUUGUCUUAUUUCGUCCCUUUUUGUUGCUGCAGAGAAAGGUGAUAUGGUUAUGGAUUUGGCUGAACUGCCUGAUGUCCAUAUUUUAGGAGGAUUUUAAAGGAUGAAUCUGUUGCUGCCCUAGUUCAGUGGUCAGGUAUGAUGGGAACUUGUAGUCCAACAAACAUCUUGAGGGUACCAGGUUGGGGAAGGUUCCUCUGGAGGGUGAAAACUUCAUGGAUCAUUAUAUAUAGUUUCCUUUUUCUCAGUUUGCCACUUAAUAGGAGUAAGCUCCUCAGUCUGCACACAGCCCACUUGAGGACUCCCAGUCACGCAGACCGAUUCUUCCUCUGAUACUGUGCCUGAGCCCCAUCUAGUGGAUGAGUCAAGAAAUUGCUGGUGACCUUUCAUCUUGUUCAGCGUCUUUAAACUGUCACCCAUACUGAAAAUGCAGUCGCUCUAGAAGAAAAUUGAAUUGAAGAUGGUGAUAGUGGAUGGUUGCUCAUGAUGAGAUAAUGCUACUGCCUCUUCUUCUUGAUUGAAUAUUUUUUCAUGUGGCCUUCAGUACCAAGCUCCUUUCAGUAAUUGAUGUAAAACAGGCUGGCAGUGAAGAAACCCUUUCUUCCCAGGCACUUAGCCCAAGUGCACCUUUCCACUUUUGAAUAGGAGCAGCAGUAGCGGUCAAUACGAAGGCAGUGCUUCAUGUUUUGCUUAUUGUAAAAGCAGUCCCCUUGGAUCUGCCUGCUCCCUUUGCUUUGUGCUCAAGAAAGCUCCCUCGUCUUUGAAGCCAUGUGCUAGCAUAUGUGCUGGGCUCCUUUGGGAGGAAGGGCAGCAUAUAAAUGUAAUACAUAGUAAUGAGAAGCAAGAGAGGAUUUUCUUCUCGUAGCAGUGUGGGCUGUGCCACAUGAAGGUUAUGGCCUUGGCCAGGCCAUUACAUAAGGAACUAUGGAGCUGAACAAGACAUACCUGUGUUCUAAAUACUGGUCUGCCCCAAUUCGCAUAGAGAUAGGGAGGGAAUGAGAAGGUUGUUUUUCAUCAGCAAAAGAGGGUGCAUGGGUAAGGAGUGCAGAACUCUGUCCGCCUUUCCUGCUUGCCUCUCUGCAGCUGGCCCUUCCAGGUCUUCUCAUCUGUUCUCCGGUAUCAGCAGUCUGCUCACCUGGGAGAAAAGCCUUUGGAGAGAGGGGAUGAAGGGAUGUGAACAGGGCCUGGGGAAGGGCUCUGUGUUCUUUAAUAUAUAUCCUCUUUCCUACACCUUUUCUCCAUGAUUAGGACAGACCCAUGCUUAAGUAGCGUAUGCCACAACUAUGUCUACUUUGGCCUGGAGUUAUCUGCAUAUGGCUUGUGUUGAAGUGUUGCGAAACCAGAAAUUUUCCAAGACGGUAAUUUCAUCUGUCUGUUGAUUUCAUAGUUUAAAAAGUUAAUCGUUACAUGUUAGAUCUAGCUAUGGGAGUUAAUAUUUGGACAAGUAGCUUAUAUCAGCAUUUAUUUCUUUGGCCACGCUGCUGCUAGCAGUCUUCAAGAUGGAAGCCGGAAGCCACCUUCCCUGCUCAAUUUAAUUUAGUGUUCUGUGAGCACUACCUCUAAGAAGCCAUUAUCUUAGGAGUGCCAUCAAGUUGGGAAAGUAAGCCUGUUAGGUGAAAGGUAGCUUUUACCAAAUGAGUAAAGUCAUCUGCAUUUGGAUGACUGCUGUUGAUGUAAUUCAGGGCCCUAACAAGCAGCAAUUUGGGGCUGGUGGUAGAGUGAAUGAAAGUGGCAGACCUAGACAUUCACGUCUAGCUUUUCACAGUGUUUGCUGCCUAAGGCACAGUACCAGAGAUUGCUAUCCCUGACAAAUUAAUUGCUACUCAGAUUAAAAAAGGACAAAUCUCUAAAGCAGCAGAAGCAAGGAAGACUUGACUGCUAAAAAGUGAUGUUGAAGAGGGCUCUAGAACAGGGCUGGGUUUGUUGAGAUCUGCUUUGUUGUUUUUUUACAAGAUCUGCCAAGUGUUUGCAGAGUGGUUCAGAGGGACCAAUGUAGCUUUAGAAUUUAGAGAAGGUCAGAGGGUGCCUCUGAGUACAUGCUUGGUCCAGGAAUUUGUUUUCAUUACCAGGAAUUUGUUUUCAUUACAAAAACCAACUUCCAGGCUUUCUUCGUUUCAGCAAACUCAGAGAGAGAUACAGUUGUCGCUAUUGCUAUGUUAGAAGUCAAAAACCCUCACUGAUCUUCUGCAAGUCGCUCAGAGAUCUGCCCUUGAAUCCUGAUCUAUCAUUUCUCUUCCCAUACUCUAGGAGACUUUCUCUAGGAAAACAUAACAUCCUGGGCCUUUGUUUCCUCAUAGUUUCCACAUAGUGUAAUGAAUGUGGAUAGUAUGAAACAGAGUUUAAAAUUCUGUUCAAUAAGUUGACCAGUUUAAGGCAAGAAAUGGUUUUAGUGUAAUAGCUUCUGCACAAUCGUAUCUUUACCUUUCAUAGAUGGAAUAUCCUUUACAACUUAAGAGCCAAAAGUCUCUGAAGCCUCCACUCCCAUUCCUGUCUGACCCCCGCCCCCCCGUUUUCCUCUUUCCAAUGUCCAUAAGGGUCAAGCCACCAGUUUAGAUGUUAAAUAACAUGGAAAUCAUGGCCUCAUUUACCUGUAUGAAGGAUGCAUAUGGUGGCUCAGUAGAUUCUUCAGGAAAUUGCUUUAACGGAGGGCAUGGUAGCUGGAGCCCAAAAGCUGGUUCUCAGUAUGAAUUUUGUGAUUAUCAUUAUGCACCAAUGCCUGUAUCUUUUUAAAAAAACAACAGCAAAAUGGUGCAAACUUUUUUUAUAAACACAUUUUGAGUUUAGCUCCUGAAAGUAGCCAUCUCUAUUGUGUUAGAUUCAGGCAUCACAUUGCCAAAGCAACAAAUGCAAAAAGAUCAAGCCUUACACAUGCUCAUUGUUUGAAAGUAUUAAUUUGUACAGCCCCCAAAUGCUGGUGUGGUUUAGCCUGCACAGCUUGAGGAGAAAUCUGCCUUUCCAGUUGGUCAGCAACAGUCAUAAGGCAACGCUUACAAGGCUGAGCAAACAUCAGGCAUCUUGUCAAUAUCUGGGUUUUAAGAAGGACAUUUUUUUUUGGUUGGUUAGUUUUGUUUGUUCUUUAUAAAAGGAUGAGCCCUCUGAGGAUUCCUGUUUUUAUGUUUGCAUGAGAUUCUGUAUGGCUUCCCAUGGGAAGGGGGUAUUUUCUUGGUGGGAGGGAGGAAAGGGGAGGGAAUACAUUUGAGUCUUUCUCCCUUAUUUUUAAUCUGUACUUGAACUCAUUUUGGGUUCAGAAAACUGUGUCACUAAUGUAAGGUCCUGUUGAACUAACUGCUAAUAAAAUGGGGUUGUCUGUUUUUA